CCGGAAAUUCCAUACGGAGUACCGUCCUCCUCAUCAUCGUCAUCAGCAUCAUCACCAGCAUGUCUGACUGUAAAACAAGCUGCGUGCCUGCGUGCCUGGUAUGACUCUGGUUCUCAGGCCGCAUGCCACAGACAGAAUUCGUCUCUGCCUCUGCCUCUGGCCUUUGCCGUUGCCGUUGCCUCUUGUUCUGCUUGGCUGUCUGCGUACCAAGUCAUCACGACGUGGGUAUGUCAUGAAACUACGCGCCUCCUGGGCUCAAUUAUAGCCAAGUAUCACGUCCAGUAUCCGUCGUACAGAAAC